AUGCCAAGUUCCGGUCAAAUGUCAGGGUACUUCAGCAAAAAAGCCCGGAGUCGCCGCUCAGAGGGCGACACCGCCGAGUCCAGAAGCGAACUCACAUUGCCGAUCGAAGAAAGAACCCCGUCGAGACUGAGUCCGAUGGCGGCACUCAAGUUCGAAAAGCUACGAAUCUCCCCGGACGUGUUCCACUUCGGCUACAACAGGAAGAAGUCCGACAAAGACGAUACAUCGUCGCGCGGAAGCGAUCGGGACUGUCUCUCCGACAGCGAGACCGUUCGAUCGGAUGUUUUCGACCGACUCAUGAACGGCAGCGUCGGUCAAGUUCGACGGAAAAAACGCAAGCACGAAACGUUUCCGACAGGAUCUGGCGGGAGCCCUGGAGGAACUGGCGAACGGCCCGGCGGCAAGAUGAGUGCAUUAGGGGGCGGGGCAGCAGCCCCCGGCUCAUUGUCAGCCAUGCAGGCAGAAGAAGCCGAGCUGUUGCUAGAUACAAAGUACAAGAAUUACAUAAGCCAAAUAGACAAAGCUCUGAAGUCCUUCGACACAACAUCUGAAUGGCAGGACUUGAUUUCCUCUCUGAGCAAGCUAAACCGGCUCCUGCAGGCGAACAUGAGGUAUCCCGUGAUCCCGAAACGCAUCAUCAUCGGAAAACGACUUGCCCAAUGUAUGCAUCCCGUGUUGCCGUUCGGCGUGCACAUCAAAGCCCUGGAGACUUACGACAUAAUAUUCAAGUGCAUCGGAAAAGAGAGAUUAGCGCACGAUCUAUUCAUAUAUUCGGCCGGCCUAUUCCCUCUGCUGGGGCACGCUGCAAUGAACGUGAAACCAAUCCUGCUGAGAGUAUAUGAGGACCACUUCAUACCAUUGGCCGAGAAACUUCGACCGGGGCUCAACGGCUUCUUGGUCGGGGUCCUACCCGGUAUGGAGGAAGGCGGAGAUUCCUUCGACCGAGUGAAACAGCUUUUAGUCGACGUAGCGAGAGGAGUCGGCGUGACCUAUUUCUAUGGAUGCCUCUGGAAAUGCGUUCUCUGCAAUCCGGCUAUUCGGUUGCCUGCGAUCACCUUCGUCACAUCGAAAUUCGAUAAGAGACGGCCCAUGCAAGAACAGCAGGAGUUUUUGGGAACUGAUCGCGAUUGCAUGGUGGAAGCCGUCUGUUCGUCCCUGCAGGACACGUCGAUCCUGGUACAGCGCCAUACUCUGGAUUUUAUCCUUGCCGGUUUUCCUCUGAACCAGUGCGUGGUGGAGCAGAAAGACCGCAUUCGCCUAUGCACAUCCUCGCUCGUCGUGCUCCUUCGUCGCGACGUGGGUCUGAAUCGCCGACUGUAUCAAUGGAUCUUCGGUGCUGAGGCUGCCGAGACCGAUACGAGUGACGCGGCGAGCGCCACAAUGGACUAUUUCAAAACGCAUUCGGCGCCGAUUGUUCUCGAAGCGCUUCGGAACCUCUUUAGUGUGAGCAGAAAUUACUUUCCGUCUUCGACGUUGGGUUUUCCGACAUCUUUCUCGGUGAUUUCGCCCUACCGAGUCCUGACGGCCCUCAUGGAUCGGAACGAGAUCAGCGUUUUCAUAUUGGAUGACAUCCUGAUCGAUGUUUUCCGUUCGUUAUACCUCGAGUGUCAUACCGCCAGGAAGCUUAGUCGCGAUGAUACGAGGAAGUCGAAAGGACACAGGAGAAUAUCAAAACACACUCCCGAACAGGACAUUGUCAAGGCGGCGAACCUAUUCUUCUGCAACCUGGAACAGAAAUAUCUCUGGGGGUGGGUUGAUCAUCAAAACACCUACGGCAUGACCCCUAUCAGGAGAGAAUUCAAAACAUCGUGUGAUCAAUGCCUUCUACCCGAGAUCAAAAGUGUGGUCGCCCCCGUCGGUUCCGGCCGGCCCGUCCUUCUGGAAGUGUGUCAGUUGUUGGAAUUCCUGCUCGAAGUCGCCACCUUGGACAGUUACAAGGAAGCUCCCUGCGAAUAUUUGCCCACCCUGUUGUAUGAAAUCAGUCAGGCUCUCGUACAUGCGUGCGAGAAGCUCACCAUGCCUCAGCUCUUGGCAUCGCUCAAACUGUGCUCGAAAAUCCUUCUGAAGGUUCGUAUCCGUUGAACGUCGGCCCUCUCAGACCCGGAAGAUCGCCCAGGUCAGACCGUGGGACAUCAGUCGAGAGGAUUCAAUCUCGUUGCCUCGCAGGUACAACCUCCCGACUUGAUCGUGGAUGAGGGGAACGCUCUCGAAUCACCGCCGCAAACACCCAUACCGACGCCUCAAACCGCCGUGCCAGGCGGUCACAAACCCAGCCAUUCACGGAACGCCUCAAAUUGCUCCAUCGAGACCAUCAGAUCCGCUAAGAGCGUGACGCAGGAAGAGAUCGAGAAGUCUACGACCUUGCCUUCGAUGAUCGGGAAUUGCAUCGAGGCGUUUCAACAACUUUUCCUCAAGUUCGUCGAGCUUAAAGUGCUCAACAAUCCGCAGGAAGCCGCGAAUCUCUUCCAUGGAGCUCUAUGUCAGCGUCAACCGGAUUCACGGGAUCGAGAGAUGGACCUGUCACGACUACUGGAGAAGUGCCUGCAGCAGGAUGAGGUGUACCAAAUCUCAAUAGGUGUUCCGAGCUCAUCGUCAGAGUUUCCUGGAAUUGUUCUCUUGCUGAAGAGCAAUUGGGGAGAAGAGACCUUCAAUACGCUGUGCUCCUUGAUCGUAGAACUCAGCAGUUUCCCCGUUAGCCUGUGUUCGAACUCCAAACAAGUUCUCGACAGCAAAGGCUCAAUCUGUGAGUAGAGUGAUGGCUUCCCCAAAUGGUUGUCUCACAUGUUGAUGCUCUCGUGCUUCGCCGAGAAUAAGGACUGUCUCCUAUGGACCCUUUCGAUGACGCUCGACCUGAUAUACCUGAGCCGUACCACUGUGAUCUCACUGAUGAGUGAAUUCCGCGGCAAAGGUGUUCAGUCCAUGGUCAUCAUGCCGAUGAUUCAUCCAUUAGAAUUGAGAUUCAUCAUGGAAGAGACCCGUUUCAUACAAGUGGCUACCAAUCGACUGUGGGAACUGCUUCGAGAAGACGACGCUCAAUACCAUUUGCGGGUAGCGGAACUCCUACAGAAGCUCCACAAUUUAGCACCCAACGACGCAAUGUGUGAGAAUGUGCUGUGUCACGGAUUAUCCUCAGACAACGCCGAGACCCAGAUCGAAGCCCAGAAGAAAUUCGCUGUUCUGUGGCAUCUGCUGCGCGACAUCCGACAGCGACCUCAGGCCACCAUGAGAUGGUUCGAUCGAUGUCUGUUCCAAAUGCUGGAUUGUCUCACGAAAGAUUCAGGUCCCCAUCGAGCGAUAUCCCAGUUCUGGAUGGAGCACUCGCUCUCUCGUGGAGAUCUGAGCCGAAUCCUCGAGCCGAUCCUCAUCGUACUGCUGCACCCGGACACGUCCCGAGUCGGAAUCGCUCACGUUUCGAUCCGCAAACAACGCCUGACGGUUGAUCAGCGUGCUCAGGACGCCGUGAGAGACGACGACUUCGAUCGCAAAAUCAACGCCAUUUCCCACGUUGCGGGGAGCAUACGAUUCCACAUGAAUGGGGACAAGACCCCUAUGCGACCCGUGGGCUCUCCCGACAAACAGCUGGCUUUCACCUCACUCGAUUCCCGGAAUCAGUCGACGAAAGCGUCCAACAAAUACGUCACCGCGAUGACACCCUUGCAAGACAUUGAGUUCCCAGCGAAUUUAGAACAUCAGCAAUCCGUGUCGGUGUUUGUAAAUCCGAUGGGCUCAAGUUCGUCUUUGGUGAACGAUUUCCUGGAGCCCGACUCGCUGAACUCGUCGACCUCUGUCGUGCCCGAUCUGUCGUGCGUCUCGCGAAUCGACGUCGCCGCGAUGCGGAAAGCCUCUUACGACGAGGUGCAGAGCAUGUCGAACGUUUCCACCGCUCGUUUGGACGACUCGCAAUCGGAAUCGUCGCGGAUCACCGAGACAGCCUCGUUGCCAGGGAACAUCUCGACGACGGGCACAGCCGAAGUCGUAAACUCGAUAGUCGAAGAUCUUCUUGACGAGGCUGUCAAGGGCGCCGAUACGAUCAGCCUGGGAAGUGAAACCCCGAACCUGCGACGAAUUUUCGGGGGAAACUCGGAAGCAGCCACACCGACGUCGGAUCACGCGGUCGUGUUCGAUUCCCUGAAGUCGGUGGACUCCUCGGUUCAUCCACUUCAUCAGCACAUUCUCCUAUAUUCGCAAGUUUACGAUUCAGAGAAAGUCCUUUACGCCCUGCAAUCGAUCAAGAACAUUCUUGAUUCCUCUCGAAAGGAAGCGCUCUGGCAAAUGGCGAACACAUGCAUCUACCACGGAGGAUUCAUGAAGAGGGAUCCCGCGGUCGAUCUGCUCCUGGCGAGACACAGGAAAGCAAUAGACGGUGACACGUUCUCGGGUGAAAUCGCCGGAGAACAGCUGAACUACUUUCGAUCUUUCAAAUACCUGGACGUCCUCGUCUACUUGUGCCUCCAGUUCCUUCGCUCCUACUACCCACAUGUCCCUCGAGGCCAAAUGACAGCCAAGGACGUCCUAGGCAACUGUAAUGUCCGCCUCCUGACUUGCGACGUACUCGAAGGCGUAUUUUCGAUGUUGGAAGAACGUUUGCACACUCGCAAAGAGUUGCCAGGUCUCGUACUCGAUCUACUAAACCGGUGUAAGGUGCAGAAAAUUUUGUUGCAUUGCCUGGCCUCAUGCGUUUAUCAGCAAAGGACGGACGAAAAAACCGCCGACGCCUUCACCUUCCAAGUGAUAGAUCACAACGACAAGAAGACUGCGGAGUUCCAGUCAUCGAUGAUACUGAAUAACAGCCGUACUUCACAGGACACAUUCCAAGUUCACCUCCUCAAAUUGAUGGGUUCCCUCAUACAAUUAGAGGACAGCGUGAUGAAGCCAAAUGCGAAUGCGGAAACUGUCGAUAACAAGGCAGGGUCUUUCGGCAAAAUCAGGUUCCGACCUCAUAUGAGCACAGUGAAAUACGUUCCCAAUAUUCCAAUUCCGUCGCAGCAGAUGUUCACAACCACUGCGCUUGUGGCGCUGAAACAGCAUCAGAAGCUACAUCUGCAGACGCAUUGGAUGGAUUUGACGAUGACGUCACUUCCGUAUUCUGUGAAAAAUAAAUCCCAAUCAGUGGCGAAGUUCAUCAUCCAGAUCGUCGUGGAGCUUUGCGUCAAUCUCGACACGAUGAUCAGUGGGGUCAAUAGCCAAAAACCGACUUUGAAUUGCCCUCCGGAUUAUCUCGUCACGACCAUCGGCAACCUCCGCACCCUGCUCCACUACUGUCUGCUCGAUGAAGUUCCUCUUCAAGGUCAAAGUAUGAAGCAAGGACCUCCGAAUCCCAACCCGACGGGCGCACCAUUCCUAUCGAGUCUGUUCCACGCGUUCACGUCAGAUAAUCAAGUCAAGGACGGAAAUCUGAAAGAAGUCUCCAAUCCCGUCAUGACCAGCAUACGCAAAGCCUUGAUGUCGGAUCUACCUCGGUACCUGAAAGCCCUUCUGACCGUUUGGCAAGCCGUGACCCAAGCUGAGAAAGCGGAGAAGCCCAACCACCUGUUGGCAGUGCUGGGUGCUCCGAAACUGGUGAGACAGCAAGUCAUCCAGUGCCUCCAAGCGAUCUCAGAGAACUACGGGGAAGCGUUCCUGGCCGCUGUUGGUAGCGCUUGGGCGGAAAAAUCCAAGAAGGGUCCGAAGCACCACGUCAUGCCGGUCUGGUCCUCGGAGCAGCUUUUGCUUGUGGACCUAGUCUAUCAGCUUCGGAACCAGGUGCAGUUCAACUUGACGAGGAUAGUGCAUUUUGUGAAGAAGAUCCUCAAGGAUCCACCGGGUUUGAUCGACAAAAAGAAGUGUUCCAGCAUCGAGGUUUCAAUCCUCCAAUUCCUUCUCGCAUACUUGCAACAAUAUCCGAAUCCAGAGGCAUUACCGAGUGCUUGCCACUCGUUGAUGGGACUCUGGAAAGAAGGAUUACAGCUCAGUAGUAUGCCUCUCGUGCAAUUCCAUCUGCUGGCGAUUCUCCAUGAGUUCGUUCAGAAGGCACCACUGAUCGAGGAGCGAAAAGAUCAGAAAGAUCUCCAAGAGAUCGCCCAGAAGCUCAUCGAAACAAUAUCCACAGUCGCUUCGGCCUCUCUCGAGCAAACUACGUGGCUCCGACGCACGCUUGCGGUCAAGUCCGGCGUACAGCAGGACAUAACAGAGCAAGACGAUAUGGAUACGGUGGACGCGGUGAAAGUCAAAAUUCCCACGGUCGAAAGCACAGCGAAUCUGAGCGCGUACAGCGUACAGGCUCUCUUCGUUCUAGCCGAGUGGAUGGCUUCAGUGCUCGAUAUUGUGUACGUGUCUGAAGACAAGGAGAAAGUCGUUCCUCUCCUUUCGGCCAUCAUGGUUUACGUGUCACCAUUUCUGCGUAACCAUUCCAAGAACAACGUACCAUCGUUCCGAGCCUGCUCGCAGCUGCUGGCUUCGUUUUCGGGCUACCAAUACACCCGGAAAGCGUGGCGCAAAGACGCGUUCGACCUGUUGUGCGAGCCGCAGUUCUUCCAGAUGGACCACACGUGCCUCAGUCACUGGAGGAGCAUCAUCGACCAUUUGAUGACGCAUGACAAAACCACCUACAGAGAUUUCAUGGCUCGGGUCACGUCAAUACCUCAGUCCGGAAGUUUGAGUAUCUUCGUCAGCAAUGAGAAGGAAUACGAACAGAGGGCCCAACUCCUCAAACGGUUGGCUUACGUUAUCUUCUGUUCCGAGCCGGAUCAGUACCAGAAGUACAUGCCCGAAAUUUCAGAACGCCUCGCCGAGAACCUGAAGCUGUCGCAAGUGCCGAUAAUCCAAUCCCAAGUAUUCCUCUGUUUCCGCGUGAUCCUACUGAGAGUGUCGCCUUUGAACGUGACCUCGAUGUGGCCAGGAAUCAUCACUGAAUUAGUGCACGCGUGUCUGAUGAUGGAGCAAGAGCUUCUCGAUGCUGAAGGACAGCGGGUUGCUAAGACCGUUGCGUCGUCACAUCUCCAAUCGCUGGACUACAAUGUGAACACGGCCCCGAAUCCCGCGAAUCUGACAUUAUACCUCUCAGCGUGCAAACUUCUCGACAUAGCCAUCGCCUUGCCCGCCGACAUGCUGCCGCAGUUCCAAGUGUACCGAUGGGCUUUUAUUGGCGACGGUGCGCCUUCAGUAGAUGGAAACGAUGGUGAAGAGUUCGUACCGCACAUGAAAAGAUUAGCGAUCUUGUUGAAUCAACGAUUUCCCGGGAACCGCACAAGACUCCCAUACGUGCCUGGAAGACCUAUACUGGACGCGACAUCAAUUGUGAAUUUGGCUGAUCUGCAGCCUUUCUUCAACACACUCAUUGAAAGUAACAAGUCCAAAGCGACGCCAGGCGAAAGUCAUCCACCUUUAGUGCAACAACCUUCUCUCUCUCGACGACUGUCGCACGGAAUUCAAAGUAGGAGUCUGAGGGAAGCUCCCAAAGAUCAUGUCGAAAACAAAACCGCGCUCGACUAUAUUGAAAACAUUAUCGAGAGUGAUUUCCUUGAACAGCGUACAAGUUAGGUUCGUACAAUAUGGAGCGAGCUGGAGCUUAUGAGCUUUUAAUGGAUUUAGCAAUCCGUGGUGGUGUUGUACAGCAGCAGAGCUGAGAAUUCGAACGGAAGCAUUAGUCGAGCAUGGAGGAAACCGCUACCAGAUAGUAAAAUGAUGCGGUAACCAGGAUUUCAGAGAGACGAUACUUUAGAAACACAAUUAAUUGAGAGGUCAAGCAUAUGUCACCCGAGAAGUUGACGAAGCGUGUAAAUACAUGAUUAAAAUUUGAAUCGAAGCGAGAACUCGUGAUUCCUAGAGGUAUCCUAGAGUUAGAUGAUGAUGAUGAUAUGUAAUAAAAGUGGAACUGUGACCAAGUGAAG